ACAGCAACAAUCCAAAAAUGGACCCCACCAUGCACACAAUGGGGAGUAAUAAAGGAUUUAGCUGGAAACCAUUGUGUAAAGGGGCCCCUAUGCCAUUAUGCCAACUCAGGACUUUUCACAAUGGAGCUGGGGGUUCUUUUGACGUUAAGCCAGGUAUAAAAGUACCCAAGGACGGAGAAUACGCUAUACAUCUUCAGACCAAGUAUCACCGUAUAUCUGUAGGCUACCCAAACAAGAGUCACCAUGACCGUGGGAAAGAUUACCUUCUACGAGGACAGGAACUUCCAGGGCCGUUCCUAUGAGACCAGCUCAGACUGCCCUGAGUUGACCUCCUACCUGAGCAGGUGCAACUCCUGCAGGGUGGAGAGCGGCUGCUUCAUGGUGUACGACCGCUCCAACUUCCAGGGAAACCAGUACUUUGUGAGGAGAGGAGAGUAUGGUGACCACCAGCGUAUGGGCAUGUCUGACUGCAUUAGGUCCUGCCGAAACAUCCCCAUGCACAGCGGCCAGUUCAGGAUGAGGAUCUACGAGAGGGAAAACUUCGGAGGACAGAUGCACGAGAUGAUGGACGACUGUGAGAACAUGAUGGACCGUUACCGCAUGUCCGACUGCCAGUCCUGUAAUGUGAUGGACGGACACUGGCUCAUGUACGAGCAGCCCAACUACAAAGGCAGGCAGAUGUACCUGAGGCCUGCAGAGUACAGAAACUUCAGCAACAUGGGAGGAAGCAUGGGCAACAUGAAAUGGCAGUCUAUGAGGCGUAUCAUGGAUUCUUGUUAAUUCACUGUUUGAUGUGAAUAUUAGGUUUAUAAUAAAGUCUUGUAUAAAAGCAUCUGUCAUGACGUGACGUUGGAAUGAUUAAUUGUUUAUAAUUACGUGAUUAAAUGAAUCAGGUAAUUAUUAAGUCAUUAACCUGGGGCACCAUGGGAAAGUUUGGUUUUAGUGAGUUUCUAUUUCCCAAAUGAACUCAAAGAAUAUCAGAAUAUUGAUUUUACAACAGUCGCUUAAUUUCCUCUACAGUCUCAUCCUGAACGUCGCAUAGUCCGGGAAUCUGCACAAACCCGAGUCACACUAAAUAAAUCCGUACCACAUCAA